UACUUCGGGGCCAGACUAAAAAACCGCUCAGCGUGUUUGCUAUGGACUUGUCAUCGUGAAUGUUUCAGUCUGCCAUUAUCGGGUUUUUUUGUGCAUUUAUUUCAAUUUUCCAUCAACGGGACAUGAACAGCCAGCUGAAAUUUGAGUGCAGGUUCAUCUUUUAAUAGCAGAAUCAGCAUGUCUCAAGCAGGUUCUCAGAGGGCGCUACCUCAAAGUAAAGACAAUCUCCUUAAGACGUACGCACGACGGCUUCGCGGAGAUGUUCAAUCCAUUCAGGAUAACUUUACAGAAAUCUUAAAACUUGCAAAGGUUGAUGAGGAGACACAAGUAGCAAGACAGACCCAGGGGGAGCAAGAACAAAAUGAAAUGCAUGUCAGAGCAGCAAAUAUAGUUCGUGCCGGUGAGUCUCUCAUGAAACUCGUCUCGGACAUCAAAGAAUUUCUCAUCUUGAAUGAUUUCCCUUCAGCCAACGCAGCCAUAGCUCAGCGUACACGAUUUCUUCGCAAUGUUCAAGCGGAAGUCGAUGAAAAGAUCAUGCAGCUACGAGAUGAAAUGUCAUUGAAUUUAUUUGAACUUGAAGAGGAGUAUUACGCAUCAAGAUACAAGUUAAAAAUUCCUGAUGCCACAAAAUAAACUUUUUGAAGUACGUCGCCCCAGACGCCUUUAGAUGUUUAAGUCCAUCACAACUUGGAAUGAUGAACUACUUGCAUCAGGGAUACUGAACAAUAUUUUGGAUGUCAUCAUCUAAUACUGACUGGUGUAUGAAAAACCGAGGCAUACUCAAGCCUGAAAUUGCACAGAGGGUAGGGUGUCUGUUGCCCUGGUCUUGGCCUUGUUGCCCUUACAGAGUUUACCAUAGAUCGUAAGAUAUUUUAUCGGGAUGCUCAUUGCUAAAUCAAAAUGACCUUGCCCUCUCAAAGAUGAAAUGCCAGGCCUUUGGUAUGUAUUCGGCGCUCUGUUAACCCUCACGAAAAACUCAACAGAGUCUGUGAAUGGGAUUCAACACUGUGAUGCUCUGCGCUGCGCCGCAGUCUAGAGCAGGUUUCUCACUCGCUAGAGCUUGCCCGGUGAUGAGGGGGCCUGCCGAUGGUUCCACACUCAAAUAUAUUCAAUAUAGCCCCUUUUCAAGAACUUUCCAGGAAUUAUUGCCCUGACUAACCCUGUAAAUAUUUGGGUACAUGCAAAGUAGCAGAAAAGUAGGAUAGUAGUAAAAUUUGUAUAAAAACCCCAUAGAAUCUGCUAUUCUGAUACCAGAAAUGUAAAUUGCAAUUUGUCGUCCUCCAUACUGUCGCAUAAAGUGAUCCUUUCUCGACCAUUAAAAUUCACUAUCCAAAAUGGCAUUAACAAUUGUUUACUUUUUUUAUAUUGUUGAAGUGAUAUGAUAAUGAAA